AGCCUKGACUGCUGUCCUCAUUCAAUCACGAGAAAUGCAUWAUAUCRUAAACCUUUGCACUGUUCCUUGGAAUUCUCUGGAUUAUCAAGACUGACAAAAUUCAUAAUAAUCCGUUUGGCUUGAAACUCUUCAGUGCAAUCUGCCUCGCAAAGUAGACAACUAACGAAUGAAAAGACCAAUCACACGCUGAUGUUCCGUCAGUUGCUGUCAGCGAAUAUCACCCGCAUUAACUUGACUUCAACACCACCACCUGAAGCAACAAUGGCGACUCCAGCUAUCUACCAGCAGUACACGGAGACGACAUUCUUUGUUUUGCCUCUGUAUAUCAUCACCAUUAUCGUUGGUACAGUUGGCAAUGGCUUGGUAUUUCGCUCCUAUUUAGUCGACAAGUCUGCUCAUUCCUGUAUCUUUCGUUUCCUCAUCGCUAACCUUUCUGUGGCAGACCUAAUCUUGUGUGCCUUAUUCACACCGAUUUUGUUGGUAUACCGUAGCAAUGCCUCGGCCAUGUUGAUCGCCAAGACACCACUCUGUGAAGGUUGCAUCUUUUUGUCUAUGCUGUCUAUCUCGAUGAUGUAUGCUAUCUUUCCUCUACUUGCCUUACACCGUAAAGAUGUCAUGUUGAAUCCGAGGGAGCCUAAGAUGACGAUGAAACAAGUCCAGAAGAUAGUGGCCGUGUUUUGGUCGUUUUGUUGCGUAACAUCGCUCGGUCUCGUUGGCAUGGCAUGGAGAAACUUCUUGAACGAGAACAACACCAACCCGAAGUUUUACCGCUGUCUGCUGAUCAACACUGAGGUUGAUGCCUUCACCGUCUACUUCCUUGGUUACUCAUCCUUGCUGUAUGGAUUGUCCAUUGCAAUCACUGUCUCUAUUUACUGGACCAUAAACAAGCACAUGAACUCUAACCUCAGCGGAGUCAACGCAUCGGCUGACGAACGUCACGUGACCAAGAUGUGUUUCUGGAUUGCCAUCGUUUACACGGUUUGCUGGACACCUUUUUUGGUCGUACAGCUGUCGGGAAUCUUCGGCCAAUACUCGGAAGUGUACUUCAACCUUCACGCAUGCUCAUCUGGUGUGGGAGUAAUUGGAUCAGCCAUUAACCCCAUUGUGUACGCCGUCAUGGAUCCAUACUACCGCGCAACUCUUCUCCCAUUUGUGAAGACAGCUAACAAGAACAACAAGCAAUGAACCACUGGAAACGAUGACUAGUCCCACCAGGUCGUGUUGGUAACCAAGGACAGCUGUAGGUAUUGUAUGUAUCGUAAAAUCACCAUAGAAACUGAACUGCACUCUUCACUGAUGCACAUGGAAUGCAAUUGCCUCUUUUGUCUUUUCAUCGCAUUUCAACUAAUUACUGACAAACAAAGCUGAUAAAUUGCAAAAAAAGUUUGUAGGUUGGAUUUAGAUCAUUAUUGUAGAUUCACGCACUUCAAGCUAGACAAACUGAACUUUAUCUUCAGUUGCAACGUAUCAAUUCAGUGUACCAUUGUGAGGCAAGGAAAAAAAGUAAAUUUGUCUAMGUUGAUGUAAUGAAUCUAAAAUCAUGAAAAACUGAUAAAUAUUACUCGGYUACGUCAUAAAUGUACACAGCGCUAUAGUUCUAGACGAGUUUAUAGUCCUUAUAGUUCUUGUAUCUACGAUUCCGUCGUUCCUGAGUACUCUAUCAAGAAUGUAGAUAAAUACAAGCUAGCUAUGUUUUCAGUACGCAUUGUAGUUUGAUGCGCGUGUCUUAAAUUUAAUUUAUUGUGUCGUACUUGGAAGCUACAGUCGUGGACGAAAAAAAGGUUGACUCUUGACUUUGCACGUCUCCCCUUAUUCCCUGCUUUACCAGGGAACCGUGACAAAAUGUUGAUUCAGGGUUAUGAUGUCACUCAGUCGAACUUAUUUUCCAAGAUUGUAGGUUCCGCGUUUWGUACUAAAGUCUAUAGACAUAAGUAGAUUAUUAAGUAGAAAUAGAGAAAUAUGUUGCAUCAUGUCCAUAAAUAGUCUCGUUUUAGGAGAGAUUUGAGACCCAGCGACGGASGUGUUUCACGGUGUGAGAAGAAGGAAUACUUAGKAUUACUAUAGAAACARCGCCUUUGUGGCUGAAGRUCACUUACACUUCCAAGKGCKGAUGUAGGGAUGGUGUUUAGAGUGUUAACCAGCAAGUUCGAAAUGAUAGAAAUACAAAUUAUGAUUAUAAAGAAAAUAGAGGAUAUUACAUGGGCGCGCGGAGAUACGGAUUUUAUCUUYGAGUUGAAAAGAUCUCUCRCGAGUGAGCGUAKCCGAGAAGAUAAAAUUUGUAUCUCCAAGCGACCACUUAMUGGAAACUGAUUCCUAAAAAUAACUGUUCCACUGGGUUCGAAGCUGACUGGUCAUGGUGACUGGUGUCUGUAUAUACGUGCUGUCAAUAUAUAAGCGAAAUAAAGUGAUGCAUUAUUGAGCA